CAGACAUCAUUUAUUAGAUUAAAAUAUGAUAAUAUUCUUUAGUUUAAGUAAAAAAAAUCAUAAACCAAUUUAUAUUGUUGUUUCUUUCUAGUGUAGUAUUUUAAAGCGUACAGGUAAAUCUAAGUUGAAUGUUAUUUACCUAUUUGCUAUGAAACAAAUAAACUAUAAAUGCAUUUAUUAUUUGCAGGAGGUAGUAGGUGGAAUUGUUACUUUUAAAAAAAGGAAAUAGAAUGAAGACACUCACUUUUCCUGAAUUCAUAUAAUAAAAACAAUUCCUCAGUAUAUGCAUUUCAACAUUUUUUUAAUGUAUAUAUAUUUAUUAGUCUAUUACAGAAACUAUUCUGGACAAGAAUUCACAUUUGGUGAGGUGAAAGAAAACCUGGCCUAUUGUGUCAGCUCUUUCCAUGAGUGCGGAGUUGUUUUACCAGUUUUACCCGAGCCAAAGUGCUUUAACACGUCUGACUCCUGUUGGUACCGGUAUGACUUUGCUUAUGAUAAAAAAUGGAAUGGAUGCCCUGAUGGAGAAAGGUACAUCAAGAAAACCAAUUUCACAUCAGCACCAAUAGUAGGAGUUGUACGAUGCUCUCAGGAUAGAUAUCAGUUAUAUUUGGGAGCCAGUAAGACAGGCAUAUUUCUUAAUAUUGGUGAUCGUAAUGGUAGCGGUGAAUUUAUUUGUAAACUUGUUGGAGGACAAGAAACUAGAAUUUUAACAGCGAAUGACUCUGACAACGCACCAACAAUCAAAGGUUAUUGUCAAUGGGAACCUGGUCAAGAAAUCGCUAUUGGAAACAUCGGUCCUGGAUGUUAUAGUAAUUCCUGGUAUCAAUGUGGUGUGAGUAUUCCGUCUGGCUGGUACCAGUAUAACGUAUCUGUUAUAGACAAUGGUUGGAACGAUUGUUCUUCUGGUGUGUCGUACGUGCGGAACUCGACUAUUGACUCUAUGCCUUUUGUUGCUGCAUUCGUCUGUAACAAUCACGGAAAUAUGAGAUAUAAACUUUUAGGAGGUUCGAGUUUAUCUAAUGAUUUUAUGGAGAUAUUCCGCUGUCACCAUUGUGGAAAUAAUUGUGACUUGGUAUAUGGUUACCCCUAUGACGAAGUGUGUUCUACUACGUCUCUUAAUAGAAAUUGCAGAGGCCACUAUGCUCAAGGUUAUUGUCGAAACAGUAGUCAUUUGCAGUUUAGUUAUCGUCCUACUGGAUGUCCCUCCCAGUGUACGUGGUGGUACACACUCGGCUAUAUUGAAUGUGGAAUUGAGAUUCCUUGAAACUCUGAUAUAUGAAAUAUACAAGUACAAUUGUAGGACAUCGGAAAUAAUGCCAUGUCUCCAUUUUUGUUUUAUAGUCUUCUUCUUUUUUUUUUUAUAAGUUUUGAAAAAGGAAACAAUGUGUCUUGAAAUUGUGGAAAAAUUUGUACAUUUAAAAAUAUAUAUACAUAU